CCCCAAAAUCUGCUUAGUUUCCCCUUUGAUUGCGUUGAGAUCAGGUUCAAAACCAAAAGAGAUGUGCUGGCGGGGUUGGCGGCGGAGGACGGACACAGAAUUGGAGGCAGAGAACACGGGUCAGGAGCUUUAAGUGAACUGAAGUUCCUGCACCUAGAAGCCCUUUUGAUGUUCAGGGUAAUGGCAGCCCUUUUCUCAUCGUCUUUGUAGGUGCAGGUUAAAUAUAUGUGUGCAUUUUUUGGACACUUAGUUGGCAUGCAAAUAUUUCUCUGGGGGCUUAGAAAAUGCCGGAAGGAUGAUUCAUUUUAUGUUGAAGGUGUGCUUAGUGACUAUAUAAAUGAUUCCUGAUGAUAUUUGGGUCUUUGCUAAUUUUAAACCAGAAAGCAACUUUCCCCGUGGGUCUUCAGGUAUACUUUUUAUUUUAAUCAAAUAUUGCUGCAAGGAUAUUAGGUUUUGAUUGUGACAUGCUUCUCCAUCUGGAUGUUAUCUUCCUCUGGCUUUAUGGGCCAACCUGUACAAUGCAGGUGCAUCAGCACGGGAUGCAUAAAGAUGCAGAUCCUAAGGUCUUCUUCAGUUUUCUUAAGUGUGGGCCUGGUUGUGAGUCGUGUUCGACAUGAUCAGGUAUUUAAUGCUCAGGGAAACGUGUUCUGGGCUCCUGGGAUUCCUGCCCCAUGUGCUUCUGGUGUUUAUGCACCUUGUGUAUAGGUCCCUCAUUCUCUGCAUUUGCUCUUAGCCUGAAUGGAGACAGCUUUUGAGGUUGCUUUGGAAGCACUUGCUUAAAAACACCAAAGCUAUAGCUACUCAUUUGGAAUUUUUGUAAGUUUUUAUAGCAUCUUUUGAUCUUAAAAUCUUCCUCAACGUGCUUCAGAUGGAAUGUGCUAAUUCAAAUGACAAGCUGCAGUGGUAGAGCUUCAGUGAUACUAAUUCGUAGAUGUUUUAACUCUUUGGAAACCUGGUGCAUUCACAUAGGAUCAUACCGGUUGUUCUCUGCAGCAUUGAACACUGGUGAGAAAAAGGACUAGACUUGUAGAGGCUUGGCUUGAGGUGGGGGUGAAACUUGGCUCCUUACCAUUUGUUAUAUCUAGGAGACUAAUAGGAGACUAAUGGGUGUUUGUAAAGUCUUUGUAACACCAGAGCCCGGGACUUGGUUGCUGCUUUUCUCCCACCGAGCCCGUGUUUCUCAUAAUGAAAAGUUACAUGCUGCAAAUAAAGGAAAACAAGUUGCAUCACCUCGUGGUAUGUGGCCUGUGUGUUAAGGGCAAGUUAGGCACCUGCUUUUGUUUUCUGUGACACAGCUGGUCAGGGAAGUGGCAGCUUAGUGUCUGGGAGUGGAAACAAAAUGUCAGUCAGUGUGCAUGAGAACCGCAAGUCCAGGGCCAGCAGCGGCUCCAUCAACAUCUACCUGUUCCACAAGUCUUCCUACGCCGACAGCGUCCUCACUCACCUGAACCUUCUUCGGCAGCAGCGCCUCUUCACCGAUGUCCUUCUCCAUGCGGGAAAUAGGACCUUCCCCUGUCACCGGGCCGUGCUGGCUGCCUGCAGCCGCUACUUUGAAGCCAUGUUCAGUGGCGGCCUGAAGGAGAGCCAGGACAGUGAAGUCAACUUCGACAACUCCAUCCACCCAGAAGUCUUGGAGCUGCUUCUCGACUAUGCGUACUCCUCCCGGGUCAUCAUCAAUGAAGAAAACGCAGAGUCGCUCCUGGAAGCUGGCGACAUGCUGGAGUUUCAAGACAUCCGGGAUGCCUGUGCCGAGUUCCUGGAAAAGAACCUGCAUCCCACCAACUGCCUGGGCAUGCUGCUGCUGUCCGACGCGCACCAGUGCACCAAGCUCUACGAGCUCUCCUGGAGAAUGUGUCUCAGCAAUUUCCAAACCAUCCGGAAGAAUGAAGACUUCCUCCAGCUGCCCCAGGACAUGGUAGUGCAGCUCUUGUCCAGCGAAGAGCUGGAGACGGAAGAUGAAAGGCUCGUGUACGAGUCUGCAAUCAACUGGAUCAGCUACGACCUGAAGAAGCGCUACUGCUACCUCCCGGAGCUGCUGCAGACGGUGAGGCUGGCUCUCCUGCCAGCCAUCUAUCUCAUGGAGAACGUGGCCAUGGAGGAACUCAUCACCAAGCAGAGGAAGAGCAAGGAGAUUGUGGAGGAGGCCAUCAGGUGCAAGCUGAAGAUCCUGCAGAACGACGGCGUGGUGACCAGCCUCUGUGCCCGGCCUCGGAAGACCGGCCAUGCCCUCUUCCUCUUGGGAGGGCAGACUUUCAUGUGUGACAAGCUGUACCUAGUAGACCAGAAGGCCAAAGAGAUCAUCCCUAAGGCCGACAUCCCCAGCCCAAGAAAAGAGUUCAGUGCGUGCGCCAUUGGCUGCAAAGUGUACAUUACUGGGGGUCGGGGGUCUGAAAACGGAGUCUCGAAAGAUGUCUGGGUUUAUGACACCCUGCACGAGGAGUGGUCCAAAGCCGCCCCCAUGCUGGUAGCCAGGUUUGGCCAUGGCUCUGCUGAACUGAAGCACUGCUUAUAUGUGGUCGGGGGGCACACAGCCGCAACCGGCUGCCUCCCAGCCUCCCCCUCAGUCUCUCUGAAGCAAGUGGAACAUUACGACCCCACGACCAACAAAUGGACCAUGGUGGCCCCACUCCGAGAAGGCGUCAGCAAUGCAGCAGUAGUGAGCGCUAAGCUCAAGCUGUUUGCUUUCGGAGGUACCAGCGUCAGUCAUGACAAGCUCCCCAAGGUCCAGUGUUAUGAUCAAUGUGAAAACAGGUGGACGGUGCCGGCCACCUGUCCCCAGCCCUGGCGUUACACGGCAGCAGCUGUGCUGGGUAACCAGAUUUUUAUUAUGGGGGGAGAUACAGAGUUCUCCGCCUGCUCUGCUUAUAAAUUCAACAGUGAGACUUACCAGUGGACCAAGGUGGGAGACGUGACAGCAAAGCGCAUGAGCUGUCACGCUGUGGCCUCCGGAAACAAACUCUACGUGGUGGGAGGAUACUUUGGCAUUCAGCGAUGCAAAACUUUGGACUGCUACGAUCCAACGUUGGAUGUGUGGAACAGCAUAACCACAGUCCCAUACUCCCUGAUACCGACCGCGUUUGUCAGCACCUGGAAGCACCUGCCUUCUUAAGCGCAGUACAUCUUACAGAAAGUGAGCACGAGCUCAAGAAAUGAUUUCUGUUUUGGAGAGGCCAAAUUUAAUGAAGAGAAAGAAAAAGAAAACAAAAAGGAAAAGAAGUUGCUACAAGACCUGGAUUGUAUGAUUGGCUGCACCUUGUAAAUGCUCUAACUGGACAUGAAGGAAGGGGCUGGGGGAGGGGUGGGAUUUUCAGUGCAAGUAGCACAUGGUUUAACUAUGAAUGAAUGAACCUGUGAUCUAGUCCUUGUCUUGUAAUUGUGGAUUAAUGUCAGCAUUAAUCAACCCCUCAAAGGGAGAGAAAAGCCGGGCCCUUUCCCGUGCUGUACCAUAUUCAGCAUUUGAUUUCCAUGGGCUCCACCAUUUAUGUGUAAAAUUUGAAAUGGUUGUCACCUCUCUCUGAGAAGCAAGCUUGAAGCCUCCUCGCCAGCUGCUGUUGGAGAUUGAAAGCCAGCUGUAGGGCCGGGAGGGAAGCUGGCGCUGGCUGCAGAGAGGAGCCCUGGGCUCCGCCAGUCUCCCAGGGGUUGUGCUCCCCGGGAAGGUUCCGAACAAUGGGGGCGUUGUUGGUAGCUGUUGGUAGACGAUCUCUUCUAUUUAUAAGUGACUUUAAACCUUCCCCAGGCUGGUAAGGAGUGUGUUCUAGAUUUAGCUAUUUAUUGUGUGAUGCCUGCAUGCUGAAACAGUGCUUACAGUUGUGUUCACGUGUAUGGACGUGUGUGAUGGUUGUAUGUUUUGCACAAUUUUCGUGGCUGUUGUGAUGUGCUCUGCUGCACAAAAAGGAAAACUUUGGAGUUACAGUUUGCAAUAUAACUGGAGGGUGGGAUGGGAAGGGGAGGGGUUUUGUAGAUAUCAAGACAGGGAAGGAUUACAAAACAGAAACUUAAAUUACACCCCAGAGGUAGGGAAGGCAUGGAGGUCACAUUUCUUAGACUCGCCAACUUUUCAUGGGGUCUCAUGGGCUCUGGGCAUGCUGAUGGCUCCUGGGGCGAUGGAAGGCUUCUUUCCAUCCCCUCUCUUCCCACCUGCGUCACCUCUUUCAGUCUCGGCUACUGAAAUUUGGAAAGGACCAAAUCGCUUCGCAGGUUUUUUUUUUUUCUUUUUUUUUCCUUUGUGUAAUAUCCUGAAAUCCUGGAAAAUUCUAUGGAAUAGUUCUGUAUAUAGGGCACAGGUAAAGACAUAGUCCAAAGUUUAUAUAUUUAUUUAUUUAUUACCCUGCGAGAAGGCCUUGCCAUAACCACAGUUAACGGGGGAAACACUGCAUUGUCACCGACGUAAGUUAAUUCAGUCCCCCGAUUUGCUGGACCUGGAUUCGUUGUUAUUCUUGCUGAACAAUUCAGCAAGGGUGACAAGUUCUCCAAGACAAAUGUGAACAUUGGUACAAUGUAUGCCCUAGUGCUCACCUGCAGGUAAGUCUCUGAAAGAACUCUGGUGCGCAAAAGUGACACAUUUGGUCACAAAACACCACACGAUUGUGAGCAGUAGCCGCUGGUGAGGUUUUCCGGGAUAGUUGGGAAUUGGUUGUGAAUACAUUCUUUGCUAGUUUGUGGGCUUGUUUACUAAACUAAACAUGUGCUGUGAUAGGUGUUAGUAUUAGACUCCAAGAGGCACUUCCUCAGGUGUCUGGGGAAGGCCGGAGCUUGUAACUCUGGCACUGCUUUCACUGAUGUAUCUCACGUUACUGUACUUUAGAAAAUAAGGUUUAAGACUGAUAACAACCCUUUACAUUGUGUGUUUGCAUUGUCUAAUGACAGAUAAAUCCUUAACAUUUCUCUGCACCUGAAAACUUUAGACUAAUUGUACAUGUCCGUCCAUGCCAUGAGUACGUGGGCUAUCGUUGGACCAAAAUAAAUGAGCCGUUGGAAUAAAAGCAUCACAGUACUUUCCGGCAGGCGGUCUUUCGCUCCUAGAUGUGUUGUAAGCAAUGCAAAUGUCUAAUUGUACAAUGGCGGCAUGCAUGUAGCAGUUACAGCUCUGUAGUUUAUGAUGCAAAUAGGCUGAGAUGUGUGGCGCUGCAUGGCUUCUGAAAGCAGGAUGAAUUUUCUACAGCUGUUUCAGAGUUGUGGUCUGUCCUUGAAUCCUCUAUUAAUUACUGUGUGUGAGCCAGAGGGAGCCGUGGUCGGGGUGGGCCCCCAGCCCGCAGGGAACUUUCUGGACUCCUGCUCUUUGGAUUGAUGUACGCAUUGGGCUCACUACUUGACCAUUCUCGCCCUGUGAAACGUCCCACACUUUGAAGCAAAUACAAUUCACAGCACAGUGCACACAAAAACCUUGGCAUAAGACAGAGAAGGUUCUUCUCAUUCUGUGGACGGGUUGCUGUGGAAACAGAUAACAAAGGGCAGCCUUCCACUUCUGGUAUAAUUGUGUAGCCCCCUUUUCUCUGGGCCUGACACCUGUCUGAAUAAGAGUGAUUAGAGCUGAAUAAUAUCCCUCUCGCGGCUAUUGAGUAUGUGGUUCACGUACAAAACUCUGUGUAAGUUGAAGAAGUGAAGUGUUCACGUUCAUAUGUACUUGUUUCUUGCUACUACAUUUUUGAGGUUUUGUAAAACUGUUAUUUUUUUUUCACAAUGUGAAACCGAAGGUCAAAUAAAUUAUUAGAGAUUUUCUCUUCA